AUGGCCGACUUGGUGGCGAAACUUGCAGAGACAUUGCGCGACAACCCGCCUUCUCUUAUCGUCGCUGUCCCGGCAGGUCUUGCCGCCUACCUCACCAGCUAUGGCAUCUAUAACAUCUUCUUCCACCCGCUGCGGUCUUUUCCAGGGCCUCUUCUCUUCCGCCUGACAACCCUGACGAAGACGUUCUUCUCCAUCAAGGGCACUCUACCUUUCGUCUUAAGAGACCUCCACGAUCAGUACGGGCCCAUCGUCCGCAUCAGCCCGACGGAGCUCUCCUUCGCCGACCCGGCUGCUGUCAAGGAGAUCUACGGCCACCGCCUGGCCGGCAGCACGGCCGAUGCCCCCGGCGGCCGCGGCAAGCAGGCCACCGAGUUCCCCAAGCUCGACGCACAGGUGCGCAUCUCGGACACGCGACCCAACAACAUCCUCAAUGCGCCCACGCACGAGGAGCACGCCUUCCUGCGCAAGAAGCUCGCCCCGGGCUUCUCGGACCGCUCCAUGCGCGCCCAGGAGCCCACCAUCAACGGCUAUGUCGACCUGCUCGUUGAGCGGCUGCGCGAGCGCGCCGCCGGUCCUGGCACUGAGCAGGGUGUAGUCCCUCCCGUCGACAUGAAGAGCUGGGUCAACUGGGCGACCUUUGACAUCAUCGGCAAUCUCGGUUUCGGGUCUGAUUUCGGGUGUCUCGAGUCCGGCAACGGCCACCCCUGGGUCGAGAGCAUGAGCCGGGGCAUCGUGCACACGGCCAAGCUGGCGGCGCUCAACAGCCUCGGCUUUGGGAGGUUGCUCGGCUGGGUCAUGGAUAGCAACCUCGUGCCGGCGUUCGUCAAGUCGAGGACUUACAUGCGCAACAAGCUCAAGGAGCGGCUCGAGUCGCCGAGCGAGCGGUUUGACUUCCUCCAAGGGUUCGUGGAGGCAAAGGAGUCUCUGUCCUUCGACUAUAUCCUGUCCAAUGCCGCAAUUCUUAUCCUCGCCGGCUCAGAGACGACCGCCACCCUGCUCACAGGCGCUACGUACCUGCUGCUGUCCAACCCAGACAAGCUCGCCAGGGCGACCCACGAGGUCCGCACGACGUUUGACAACGAGCAGAGCAUCUCCCUGUCUUCAGUCCAGCAGCAACUCCCUUACCUGCUCGCGGUCCUCGACGAGUCCCUGCGGCGCUACCCGCCCGUGACGGUCGGCCUGGCGCGGGUGGUCGCGGACGAAGGCGGCGCCGUGAUUUGCGGGAGCCACGUCCCGAAGAAUACAACGGUAGCAGUAUGGCAAUGGGUCACAAACCACGACGACAAGCUCUGGCACGACCCGUACGGGUUCCACCCGGAGCGCUUCCUGCGCCGCAACAUGGCCGGCGCGGAGACCGACCAGGACGGCCUGGAGGAAGAGAUCAGGCCUUUUGCUGACGACAAUCUCGACGCAUUGAUGCCGUUUGGCACGGGGCCCAGGAACUGCAUCGGCAAAUCCCUCGCCUACGCGGAAAUGCGCCUCAUCCUCGCACGCCUCCUAUACGCAUUUGACAUGAGCCUCGCGACGGACGACACCCGCUCUCCCGAUCAAGGGACGGGACAGGAAGACGCGAAGGCGGCGGACUGGCUGUCCUCACAGAGGGCGUAUUUUGUCUGGGAGAAGCCCCCGCUCAUGGUGAACCUCAGGCGGGUUUGA